GCUAAACGAUGCGAAACUUAAUAUACUUGGACCUAAUUAAGUAAUUGCUACAAUAAAUAACAAUCGUUUCCAACGAUACCAACGAUAAAUUCGAGACAAUAAUUGUUGCUUCCUUAGCAAUCGGAGUGUCUCUGUCUAGCGCCGAGUGCUUGCAUCACAACGUUCGAAGCCAUUGAGUCUGUUUUUAUAUUAUCCUCGAGCAGUCGACUAUUGUUCUUCGAAUUUCGAAGAUUCUACAAUAGCAGCGCUAUCUUCGGCAACGUUCGGCGGCUCGACGGCUUAGCAACAGCUCACCGAACUGUCAAGGCUGUCAACGACCACCGAUAACUGUUUUCCGUUUCAUCGUCGUCGUUGACAUAUGUCACGUUUCAUUGUUGAAAAUGCUGUUUGAUCGCGGUUUCGGUCGCUGCUUGCACAAAAAUCUAAAAUUCCCCAAUGAAACGAAGAGCACGUAUGCGGCAUAAAUCGGCGAGUUGCGUUCGGUCUACGUACUUACGCGUUCUCGCUUUGUAAUUUACAGAUCUACCAUCACGUGUGAUAUUCACCGUGCUCGACGUUAAUCCGUUCUAAUUUCUCUCUAAUUGUUCGCGCCCGUACAAAGUUUAGAAGUACAGCCUCGAUUUAUUUACUCCGUAGCCUACAUUAAAUAUUAAGAUUGUUUCGUCAACCUAGUUUUGAGUUAUAGUAAACUCUUAUAACUUGAUAUAAUUUUCCUAGUCGUACGAAAAUAUUAUUAAAUCAUACGAGCUUUUAGUAUAUUUAGACCCGAUUAAUUAGUACUUAAAUGCUACGAUAAAUACGCUUGUUUCCAACCGCUCCAACGUUAAGUUCGAAGCAAUAAUUGUUUUUGCCCUAAUAAUCCCCUGAUAGUUGUAAUGAACUCUUGUUUGGAUAAUCUGCUCGUCUCGCGUCCGUGAUUAUUUAUUAUCGGCUUGAUCUUUCGUUCUAAUUUAUUCCGAUGCAGCGUAGACGCCUCCGACGUUACGUUCCAAACAACAAUGGUACGCAAUAAUAUUUUUUGUAGCCACUGUAAUUCCAAGACGAUGUCAAUUUAUUGUCGACUCUUGUCCUCGCCUUAAUUCUAAUACGAAGAUUAGUAUCGGUGUAGCAGCGCGAGGACUAAAGUUCAAACAGCAAAUCCAGUGGCGCGGCGUGUUCUUCCGAUCCGGUCCUUGAAUCGGUAGAGGCCGCAGUGAAUCGAGGAUCGUCGAUCGGUGCGGACGUGACGUUACAAGGACGCCAGUCGGCAUGGCUAUGGACACCAGCACUGUGCGUCUCGUGAUAUUCCUCGGGAUGUUCCUCAUGUUCGCCGGUGACUACAGCUACGUGAUCUUCACGAUUUUCGGUCGAUCGUCUCGGCAAAAUAUCACUGAACCGGUUAAAAGUCUGGAGGAUCCUGCAAGCAAGGUUCCUGCAGACAAGGUAGCCUUGACGACGGUGAAGAAGGAUAACGAGAAAGAAAACGCGAUCUCGCGACGCGCGAAGAUGAUGACGACGAUCAAGACGGCUUGCUUGCCCAAGCUUAUAUGCGAACUGACCUCGUCCGUCCAUCAGGAUCAGCUGAGUGAGAUGGAACGGUCACUGCUAAACUUAAUCAGGGACACGAGCUUGAACACGAUGGCGGAAGUGCCCUCGAGGUACCACUUCGCGGCGCAUAUGGGUCAACUGAUAUCCGGCGUGGAAGGUCAAGGAUGUCAUAAUUUCUACCCUACCUGCCCCCUGCCUGGCUCCAGCGUUCUCAACAUGAUGAAGAAGAUUCGACUGCGUUGACGCUAUGAAAUCACGUGGACAAGCAAUGAAAAAAUAUGACAACGCAAUUUGCGAUAUCGCAGAUAAUUUUUCUCGUAACGUCGUUACGAACAGAAUUUCGAUUUUUUAAAAAUUGUGCAUAAUUUCUGUUUCACUCCAAAUGAUGUUUCUUACGAGUAAGAUAUUAUCGUAAAAA